AUGGCUGCGCCGGGAAAGCAGUCAAGAUGGGGCUCGUUCCUCUCCCAGGCCGUUGCGGGUGUUGAAUCGAGGUUGGACAACAUGCUGGCUGAACCCGAAGACGCUCGUCCCCAAGACAGUUCUGCUGCGGCUUCUCCCGCUGACCCUGCGUCUCCCGCAGCAACGACGACAAAACAGCAGCCAGCCUCGCAACAGUUGGCAGUGCCUGCUAAACCCAGUCCGGGAAACUCGCGAUCCUCGUCAACCAGCCGCACCAAUGAUCGAUUGCAAGCACGACUUGCCCAGGCCAUGUCUGGAAAGGGCACGCCCGGCGGCCCUGGGAGCAGAGGCACCGCGUCUCCUCGAAGUUCAGUCGACCAACCCAGCCGGCCUUCAAUAGAGCGACGAUCGACGGAUAAGCGAGUCGAAUCGAAAGCAGAAGAUGGCAGUGCUAUUUCAGAGUCUACAGGAGCAGAGACGUCCCUAGCAGUUGUGGAACCGUCUGAGAUCAACCCGAGUGAAGAUGCUACGAAUACUUCCGCCGACCUGUCCUCUAUUGAACCUGCGCCAGAAGUCACCAAUGGAGAAUCGUCCACCCCAGAGGAUUCUCUCCAGCUUUCUCAACAACCGAAGACAGUCCAAGAAGAACCGCCAGCCGUGACAGUACCUGAAAUAGCAUCCGAGAACGCGAGCUAUGCUAAGGAGAUAGAAGAACUAAAAGUCAAGCAACAAGAGGAGAUACAAGAAUAUGUGGAGAGGAUAGAUUCACUUCAAUCAAAGCUCCAGUAUUUGUCCAAGGCGGCGGCCGAGACUGCCAAAGCAGCUGCCUCAUCAGCACCAUCAGGCAGCAACGAGCGAAAGCUCGCUGAAAAGGAUGAGAAAAUUGCUUUGCUUAUGGAGGAAGGGCAGAAACUUUCUACCAACGAACAUAAAUUAAGAACUACAAUCAAGAAGCUGCGGGCUCAAAUAGGAGACAACGACAAGCAAGCAGAAGAGUUGAAGAGAAAUCGGGACAAGGCGCUGUCUGAGACAGAUGCUCUUCGUGCUCGCCUAAACGGCUCCGAGGAGACUGAGAAACGCAAGGAGGAAACCAGACGCGCCACCGCGGCGCUGCAAAAGGAUAUCGACACAUUGAAGAAGGACAAUGCCAAAAAAGACGAUGCUUACCGGCGGUUGGAUCAGGAGUGGAAAUCUAAAACAGAACAGGCUGAGAUUGCGCAUCGAGAGGCCAUGAACAAGGCUUUGGCUGCGGAGCGUCAAAAACUAAAGACAUUGGAAGAUACAAACUCCAAUCUCCGUGCUGAAAGAGAUGCAGCUGCUGAAAAGGCUCGCCAUGAUGAGAUUGAGUGGAGUGAAAAACUUGAGCGUGCUGCUGAGCGUAGCCGAAAAAGCGAGGAAGAACUCAAGAUCGAGUUGCAGGCAAUGGAGGGCAAAUUGGAGGCUAUGAGAACGGCAGCGGAGGAAGCUUCUUCUGGCUCUGGGGGAGAAGCCCAGGUGAAGAUGUUCAGGCAAAUUGAGACUCUGCAGUCCCAAUAUGCGUCAGCCAGAGAAAAUUGGCAAGGCAUUGAAGCAUCGCUGCUCGCCAAGACAGCAAACUUGGAAAAGGAGAGAGACGAGGCACAACGUCGAGAGUCAGAAAUGAGAAAGAAGGCAAGAGAUGCGGCUGUUCGGUCAAGGCAUCUCGAGGAAGAGUUGCAGGAUGUACAGCCGUCUCUGGUCACUGUCCGUCAGGAAUUAGAGGCAUGUCGUGGUGAUUUGAUAGCAUUACAAGCUUUAUACAAAGAGUCGCAAGUCGCCUUGGAUGAAACCCGAGAGGAACUGGAAAAGGCAAAGGAGAAUGCUGCAGAGAGGGAAGACCCCCUCGAGGCACAGCAACAGCAGUGGGUGGACGACGUUGCAGGUGCAACAUCAAAAGGCCACCGAAGUCAACCUGACUCACCACUCCUCUCCGUCUCAAGAACCUAUAGCUCAGAUAUGAUGGGAUUGGGUAUUUUGAGCAAACCACGCAGGUCACAUACCCCCGGCAGCAUACCGGACAGUCACGCGGAGCUCAUGUCACCGAUUAGGCGCCUUUCAUGUCAACCGCCGCUGCGCCCUAGAGAGGCGUCAUAUGCUGGAUCUGGCCCGCCGCCCACCCCGUUCUCUCCGUUUGAACCACCAAGCGAAACUGGGCAACUACCGUCGCCUCCUGCUGCAGAGCGUGAAAAUGGGGUGGCUGAUGCAAUCCCUUCUUCACCGCGCCAAGUGGCACAGGAUAUGGUGUCUGUAUCCACAGUAGCCGCCGGGCCGUCAGUGCAGUUAGUAGAGAGGAUGAGCGCUGCUAUCCGCAGAUUAGAAGCGGAGAAGGUUACAGCAAAGGAAGAGAUGGCAAGAGUUUCCAGCCAGAGAGACGAGGCUAGAACGGACAUGGUCGGUCUCAUGAAGGAGCUGGAAGAAACUAAAGCGGCCGCUGCGAAGCUACCACAGCUAGAAGAGGAAGUCAAAACCAUCGACGCUAGGUACCAGACGACAUUAGAGAUGUUGGGUGAGAAGAGUGAGCUUGUCGAAGAGCUUAGAGCUGAUGUUGAGGACGUUAAGGCAAUGUACCGCGAGCUUGUGGAGCGAACGAUCAAAUGA